UUCCCAGCUCUAGCUUCGACUUUGGCCGGUUGGGUUUUCCAUCCAUGUAUGUAUUUGAAUAUAUAUGGAGUAAAAACGCCAAUAAACAGCUCAGUAGGCGGAACCAGUAGACAGCGAUUCAGAGGGCAAUAUCGCGCAAUCUGGUAACGAAUCUUUGGAGGCGACUUACUGCGAAAUGUCAGGCGAUCGACUGGAUGUGAUAAUCUUUGGGGCCAGUGGCUUCACCGGCAAGUACACGGUUUUCGAGGCGGUCACCGUGCUGCGAGGCUUGCGAUGGGGAAUCGCGGGCAGAAACCGCGAGAAGCUGGAGGCGGUGUUGAAGGAGAUGGGCGCCAAGGCCAAAAAGGACCUGUCGCAGGUGCCUAUCUUCAUCGCGGACGUCAACGACGAGGCCUCCCUGCUGGAGAUGGCCAGAAAGUGCCGGAUUGUGGUAAACACAGCAGGACCCUACCGGUUUCACGGCGAAAACGUCGUGAAGUGCUGCAUCGAAUCGGGCACGCACCAUGUGGACGUCAGCGGAGAGCCCCAGUACAUGGAGACAAUGCAACUGAAGUACGACCAGCGGGCAAAGGAAAAGGGCGUAUACGUGGUCAGUGCCUGUGGUUUUGACUCUAUCCCCGCCGACAUGGGGGUCAUCUUUGUGGAAAAGAACUUCGACGGCGUGGUGAACUCCGUGGAGACCUUCCUAGAGAGCGGAAUCAAAGAGGGAGAGAGUGGCGGAGGCACUGCCGGACUUAACUACGGAACCUGGGAGAGCGCUGUCUACGGGCUGGCUCAUUCCGACGAGUUGCGCGGCAUCCGGAAGCAGCUGUACUCCCAGAGAAUGCCCAAGUUUUAUCCCAUCCUCCAGCCGCGACCGCUGAUCUUCCGCUCCGCCGAGGUAGACAAAGUGUGUUUACCUUUCCCCGGCUCCGACCGCUCGGUGGUGAUGAGGUCGCAGCGCUUCCUCUACGAGCAGAACCAAAAGAGGCCGGUCCAGAUGCAGGCCUAUGUGGGAUUUCCCUCUUGGCUGGUCGCUGGCGCUGUUAUCCUCUUUGCUAGCAUCUUUGGUCUGCUGUCAAAGUUUCAGCUGGGACGCACGCUGCUGCUUAAUUACCCUGGCCUAUUUUCAGGAGGACUGGCCUCCCGUUCCGGACCAAGCGAGGAGUCCAUGGAGCGCACCUAUUUUAAGAUGACUUUCAAGGCCACUGGCUGGCCCAAAAGCGAUCGUCUGGCCGAAAGUUCAGACCAGUACACGGAGUCCCCGACCAAGACGCUAAUGGUCCGUGUGUCGGGCAUGAAUCCUGGCUACGGAGCCACCUGCGUGGCCCUGCUCUCCACGGCACUGACCAUUCUUCGUGAGUCAGACAAGAUGCCCAGCACAGGCGGAGUGCUGACUCCAGCUGCCGCCUUUUCUAAGACGGGCCUAAUUAGCGAGUUGGAGAAGCACGACCACGGCAUCAAGUUUGAGAUUCUGGCCAACAAGUGAAUUCCAGAACACACCUUCACACAAUGGCUCUCUUUUAAUCGAUUUUCUUGGCUGUUACUCGCGGUUUCAACUGUAAUUACAUAAGCACUUAUUAAAUUUACCUACACAUCCGCUGUUGUGUACCCUUAUAA